GAAUUUUUUAUGUCUCUCCCCUCUUACUUUCAUUUCCAUCAUCAUCGUUUUGUAACAGAUAAACAAAACAGAGUACUCAGUUGUUUUCCAGCAAUGCCAUUAACUUCUCUACCAUUCCCACUCUCUCCAAUUCGAAACCCUAAAAUCCCAUUUCAUCUUCUUCCUCCAAAAACAUUCUUCAAAUGCUUCUGUUCUUCCACUGCUCACCCUCUUCCUUCUCUCUCCCCUGACAAAUGGGAACCUUUUCUCAAGAAAAAAGUCGUUAUGAGAGUUGGAUACGUUGGAACCGAUUUUAGAGGUCUGCAAAUUCAACGGAAUGAACAUAAAUUAUCCACUAUUGAAAAAGAACUUGAAACUGCUAUCUUCAAGGUUGGUGGCAUCCGUGAAAGUAAUUUUGGUGAUCUGGAUAAGAUUAAAUGGGGCCGAAGUAGCAGAACCGAUAAAGGAGUCCACUCUCUGUCAACAAUGAUAUCCUUUAAGAUGGAAAUCCCUGAGAAUGCAUGGAAAGGAGAUGAUCAUGGCAUUGCAAUGGCAAACCUCAUCAAUUCUUAUCUUCCUAAUAGUAUCCGAGUUUUUAGUGUAUUGCCUUCAACAAAAAGAUUUGAUCCUAGACAAGAGUGCAAUCUGCGGAAAUAUUCUUACCUCCUCCCUGCUGAUAUAAUCGGAAUCCGGAGUCAUUUUAGCGAGGAUGAAAUAAAUUUUCACAUUUCUGAGUUCAACAGCAUACUUGGUGUUUUCAAGGGAGAUCAUCCUUUCCAUAAUUAUACUGUUCGGUCUGUAUACAGGAAAAAACAGACUGCAAGAAAAUCACCAGGAAAUAGUGGCAUGUCGAACAGAACAGGAUCAUCAAGUUUGGUAUUAGCUCAUGAUUCAGAGACUGAGGAAAGUGAUGUUGAUGAUUCUUUGCAUGAUGAUGGGACCACCCUUUUAAAUAAUGGGGAACAGAGCAAUAAGUCUCCAGCGUCUAGUGAAUCCAAUAGUUCAGGAGUUAGCGCAAGAUGGUUGCAUGAACCCGAUGAGGCAGAUAGAUUAAAUGCUUCUCAUUACAGAAAGGUUGUACAUUGUUCCUGUGGGAAGUUGGAGACACUUCUUGGAUAUAACUAUGUUGAGAUCAAUGUAUGGGGGAAUUCCUUCAUGUUACAUCAAAUACGCAAGAUGGUUGGGACUGCUGUGGCUGUAAAGCGCAAGUUAAUACCAAGGGACAUCUUUUUAUUGUCACUCAUCAAAUUUUCUCGAAUAGUCCUCCCUAUUGCCCCGCCAGAAGUGUUGAUUUUGAAAGGAAAUACUUUCAGAAUGAGAUCAGGUGGUGGAAGCUACACAAGGCCUGAAAUGGUAUCGAUGGUUGAAUCAGAACAAAUUCUUAAAGCUGUUGACGAGUUCUACACAUCGGUUAUGUUGCCUGAAUUGUCAAAAUUCCUGGACUCCUCAAAAUCUCCUUGGGCGAAUUGGGUCGACAAAUUGGAUACAUAUUCAAGCAUUCCAGAUGAUCAAUUGGAGGAAAUUAGAGAGGCUUGGGAAAGCUGGCGUUGGAUGCAUUAUACAUGAUCAUGGUACAAUUGACGAAAUAUGCAGAACAAAGAGACACAUGCUUAAAAGGAUCGUCAUUUUUAAACCAAGUAGACAAUUUAUGCCACGGAUUGGCCAUAAUUGGAUCGAGCGUAGAAUGCAAAAAGGGUGCAACACUCAUGGGGUGAUUCUUGAGCAAUAGUAUUGAUUCAUUGGUUAACAUGUUUUCUAGCUCAUUCUCAGUAACAUUAUGUUUAGAGAAAAAGCCAGAAUGAGUCAUGAUUCGCAUCAAGCGAUGGAUAAAUGGACUUUUUGAAGGAUGGAUUGGUAGUGAAGAAAUGAAUUUUGAGAGUGGCAUGGGUUUGCCGUUUGCCAUGAGUUUUUGAAUGACUUAGCAUAUAUCUGGUAUGCCUAAGUCAACUACACAUUUAAGUGACAUGGAAUUUAUGAAGUUUAAAAUAUGUUUCCAUA